AUGGUAUGGUUAGAGGUGGUAGGUGAGGGUGAGGGUGAGGAUGACAAUUUAAUCAUCUCACAUCUCUACCUCUCCCUCACUCUCUCCCCUUACAAAAUAUCAUCAACUCCCCUCAUUCUCGUCAACCUUCCACAACAUAGAAAACUUCUUCGGUCUUUCCAUAAGGCUCUCAGCUUCAUCACGCGAUCUUCCUCCACAUCUCCUCUCCCCCACCCCACCAAACCUCGUACCACCAAGACCAAGCCACUUAUUCCUUCCACCCAAGCCAACCCAUACCGAGCCAAACCAAGCCAAACCAACCCAAAAUUCCCAUAA